AUGGCGGAGUCGUCAUGUGGUAUCCACAGAAUGAUGGAAACUCCGCUGUUGCCGGUCCUAAGAACGGAUGAGGAAGUCGGAGGCUUGAAGACAGUGACGAGGUCUCCGGUAAACUCAGCCAAUUGCCCGCUCGACCGAAAGGAAAGAGCAGUGAACAGUGGCGGAAGCUUGGUUGCGAAAUACAAGUUUGUGGACGAAUACGACAGACCGAUAUACGUUCCUGAUCACCGAUCUUUCGUCGUAAUAGAGUGCUACGGCAGCAACGCCUCGGCUCUAAGACCAGUUGCAGCAAGUUCUACGAUCAUGAAACAAAGCUCCACGAUUUUCAAGGUGCAGCUUGGCAAGGUAUCUGGCCCGAUGUGGUGCGAAAGUCCAAAUCACAGGCCAUCAGAGAAAAUCAAUGUGCGGCUAGAUUACGAGCCAUGUAAGUUUAUCUCAUGA